AAUAAUGGCAAGCCCGAAGCCUCUAAAUAAAAUUUGCCUUCAUUUGCAAUAAAAGAGGAUUGGACUUCUUUGAAUUUGUAUCUCUUCUUCAUAACUCCCUUCGCCUUCUACGAUGUCUAACAUUGACGAGUCUCAAUAUAAAGAAGCUUGAAACCCCAGGAAUCCGUUUGCUGUCGUUGAGUCCUAAAAUGUCUAACUUUGACGAGUCUCAAGAUACAGUGAGUGAAAUGGAUACAGGGAAGCCCGAAACCCCAGGAAUCCCUUUGCUGUCGUUGAGUCCUAAAAUGUCUAAGUUUGACGAGUCUGAAGAUACAGUGAGUGAAAUGGAUAUAGGGAAGCGUGAAACCCCAGGCUUUGGAUUCAAGAAACGGAAACAUGUAAGGGCUACCAAAACUAUCAACGUUGAUCCGAGUCAAUUCAGAGAUUUGGUGAUUAAAUUCACUGGUUUAAAAGAAAAGGAUCAGAGCAUCAAGGGCCAGGCAACAAAACCUUCGGAAGGUUCUGGGUCAGCAGUAGUAGAUAAUGUAAAUGAGGAUGAAUAUGAGAAUUUGCCUGAACAUUUGAAGUGGUUGCUUCAAUAUUGUCUCCUAUUCCCAUCAAGUUAUGAAUUUAGAAAGGAUAAGUUAGUAAAGUUGUGGGUCGCCGAGGGCUAUAUUCGGGACAGUUCAUUUCAGAGUUUGGAGGACACAGGCAGAGUUUAUUUUAAUUCAUUGGUAGCCAUGGGGUUCAUUCUUCCCUCUAGAUAUGAUAACAGUGUGGAUUUUGUCCAUACAUCAGAUGAUAAUUUUGUAUUUGAUCGCGAUGACUGUAAUUCAUUGUACAGAUUAAAUGAUGCCAAGAUGCAGUGUCUUGAAGAUUCAUGUUUUAGGGGUGAUUAUACUAGAGUUGCGAAUCAUGGUUUACAUGGAGUUACUGAUAAGACAUUGCAUUUGUCUUUAAAUUGCAAGGACACUAAUGAAGCAACUUUGACAUCACUUGAAAAUUUUAAGCAGUUGCGAACCUUGCUUCUGCUAUCUAGUUGUGGAUCUUCUAUCAAACAAGUUCGUCGUGAACUAUUUUUGAGCCUAAAGCUCUUGAGGACACUGGAUUUGAGUGAAACACUCAUUUCUGAAUUGCCAAGUUCCAUUGGGAAUGUAAAAUCUUUGCGAUAUCUUGAUGUCUCCCAUACACUCAUUAAGCGAUUGCCAGAAUCAGUUGAUUGUCUUCACAACCUACAGACUUUAAAUCUCAAAGGGUGCUUAAACUUAGUUGGGUUACCUAAGGGCAUGAAGAAACUGAUCAACCUACGACAUCUUGAACUUGAUAUUGUUCGUCAGUUGGUUUCAAUGCCUGCCAAGAUUGGGAACUUAACUAAUCUUCAGAAUUUGUCUGCAUUUCUUGUUGGCAGAGAUGAUGGGUUCCAAAUUAGAGAGUUAAAGAAUCUGAAUAAUCUUAGUGGCGUACUCGUCAUUUCAAGACUUGAAAAUGUAAUGAGUACAGAAGAGGCUGAGGAUGCUGCUUUGGCUGAAAAAAGACACCUCUAUGAAUUGGAACUACGUUGGAGUGACAUGCGGAUUGAGAAAGCAGAGGAGGAAGAAGAAAAUUUGGAAUGUCUUCGACCACAUUUUGGCCUGAAAGAGUUGAGAAUACUAUGUUAUGGUGGGUUGAACCUUCCAAGUUGGAUUAGCAAUCCAAAAUUUGAUCUCCUAAUUGGUAUUACUCUUUACAAGUGCAAAAAUUGCCAAAUUCUCCCAUCCCUUGGGGUAUUACCUGCUCUUAAGUUUCUUCAUAUUAGUGAAAUGAAUGAUGUGAAAGUAAUAAAUAGUCAAUUUCUCCGAAAUGGGUCACCUCAACGAUUGCAUGCAUUUCCCAAGUUGGAGAAAUUUGCAGUUGAUGCCAUGCACAAUUUGGAAGAGUGGACAGGAGUAGAAAUAGGUGACUUUCCAUCCCUACGUAAACUCGUAAUGGAGUCUUGCUCAAAAUUUGUUGCUCUUCCAUCUCUUUCAAAUCUCAGUUCCCUCGAGCAUUUAGAAAUUAAGCACUGUCCAAAGCUGCAUUCCUUGCCCGAAGAAGGACUGUCAGCUUCACUUGAGUUUCUACUGAUAAAUGAUUGCCCUGGAUUAAAGGAACGUUGCAGCAAGGAGGAAGGCCAAGAUUGGGGCAAGAUAGCUCACGUGACUAGCAUAUGGAUUGAUCAUCAAAAACUGUUAUGACAGUGUUUAGUACGUGAUCUCCAGUCAAUAUAUAAUUCAAUAUUGUACAUGUAUAUAUAUAUAUAUGUAUGUGUGUCUUUAUGCAUGUAUGCGUGUAUUUAUGUGUUGAUUACUAAAAAAGGGAAUCAAAUAUUCUAAACUCACUGAAGUUCAGAAAAUGAUAAAUGUUAUAGCACUAGAGUCUUGGAAGAAAAUCAUAAUUAUGGAAGCUCCCUUCUGUUCAAAAUAUAGUUUUCCCACUCCUUUUGUCUUGACUCUCAAUUCUCACAGAAAAUUCUAUAUUGCUGUCUCUUAGUUUUCUCUGUUGUUAUAUUUCACGCUUACACAAGAAUGAGUGAAGAGAAAAAAAAAAGUUGUUCACAUUUUUGGAAGUUAAA